AUGACCCGCAUCACCACAGUCGUCCUGGCCAUAUUGGCUCUUACCACCGACGCUCGCCGGCCUACCGCGGCGAAAACGGGAUGCACGUUGACUACGACGACGACAUUUCUUCGCCAGACAGCAUGGCCGCACUGGCCCCAGUGCUCGUUUGACGGCACGGAGCGCAUCUACAGCUCCACAGUCACAAUGAAUACAGCCGUCGACUGCCACGGAUGCUCUCACAUCCGGGUUAUCUCUAAGCCCAAGGCGCGCUGUCCUGUGAAAAUCCAGGCGAUCAAGACGGAAAGCACACCUUAUACGGUUCACAGGACGAUUUGCGCUGAAUCUACAACACACUAG